UGCAUUUAAGAUGAUGUCCAGUCAGCUUGGGCUGCUAUAACAAAACACUAUAAACAGAGUGGCUUGUCAACAGUAGGCAUUUAUUUCUCACAGUUCUGGAGGCUGGAAGUUCAAGAUCAUGGUGUCAGCAUGGUCGGGUUCUGGUGAGGACCUUCUUCCGGGUUGCGGACAGCUGACUUCUUGUAUCCUCUCAUGGCAAAAAAAGAGCUAGCUAGCUCUCUGGCCUCAUUUAUGAGGGCACCAUUCCCACUCUUGAGGGCUCCACCCUCAUGACCUUAUUACCUCCCAAAGGCCCCACCUCCAAAUACCAUCACAUUGGGAUUAGAAUUGCAACAUAUGAAUUUUGGGGGAACACAGCCUUCAGUCCACAACAGAUGAAAACCCAAAUUUAUGCACAGGAUUAAGUGUAGCAGAUCUUUCGGAAACACUGUUCAUGGCUCAUUAGCAUCUGUUAUGGUAUCCAGCAUAUGCCGAGCGGCUGCAACAUCUGAUAGAGGCAGGGCUGGCCCAGAAGAAUUUACUGGGAGAGAGUGUCUAAUAACAUGAACAAUUGCAUGUGAGUGUAACUGUGGCAGCGCAGACUGUGUGCUGGAAAGUGGCUCUCUUUUUGGAGGUAUAUCAACCAUCUAUCUGUAUCUUCACGGAUUUAGGAGAAAGACUGUGUUAUUGGUCUCACAACCAAUGGCAUAAUGAGCAAUUUAGUUUCUUUCCAAGAGACUAGAUAUAAAUCUGAUCCUCUCCAGUCCAGUUUAGUCUGUCUUUCUUUUAUGCUCUAACAGCAUAUUAUUUGUAUCUCUAUUUAGCAUGUGAGUCAUUCCAUUCUCCAUCACGUUAGUGGUUCACAUGUUGAUAACGGGAAGAGGGCUGAAACAGGGAACUCACAGGACCCCACUGCCUAGCUUGGGAGGCACUUAGGAAAUCUUUGGGAAAUAAGGAAAAUAUUAUUUGAUACCCUUUAAGAUGUUUAUAGACCCAUACAUUUUAAAAGAGAUUUCAAAUAAUUUAGCAACUAAUUUGUUCAUAAUCUUGGUAAUCAUGCUGAUAGUAUCUGACAUUAUCCCCAUGUAUCGAAGUGAGAAAUUGAAGUGAGGAGAUUGAGUGACCUAUAAGAAAGAGCUAUCUUCUCAUUUAGUCUGCUUCUGUGCACACUAGACCAGGACACAGAGAUCCUGUUUUUCAUUUCACAGAGUAACAAAGAGCAAACAUUUUAGGGGAAAAACUCAUGACUUUUAAAGUCAGUUGUGCCCUAAAACACUAUUUUCAGUAAAAUUAUUUAAUGUGGAAGGAAUGUGGUCAAGAAUUUAGUAACGUGAUUUAUAAUGUGUAGCAUCCAAGGGCAUUUUCUUUGCUGAAACAUAUUCUUGAGAUAGAUAAUUUUAGAAUUUGGCUGCACAGUUCCUGACCCUAGGGUCUGCUCCGUCGUCCAGUACCAUAACAUGAGGGACUCCACUGAUUUAUACAAAUAAAAAACAUUAUCAUCAAGAUUGAAAAACAUAUAUAUUAUUAUCCGCUUAUGCACAAAGAAAACCUCACCAGGCAGCUUUCGUAGGCAGACUCCUGCCUGGUCCCUGCCGGACCUUAGCGCUCUCCAUGUGCUGUUUAAGGCUGAGGCGAGGGCGCUUGUUAGCCUCCCUUCUUAUUUUGCACAUUUCAGGGAUCAAUGUGUCUGACACAUAUGUGGUCUAGAUGGAUAUAGAUUUAGAGAUUGACAUUUAUGAAGAUGAGGAAGCCUUGGGACUUACGGCACAUGGAUGGGUAUUGUCCCACCAUUGGACCAAUUGGGUUUUUGAAGUUCUUUGUAAAUGAAAAUUCUGGGAACUUUGACUUAUUAAUUGUACAUCUAAUGGGUUCCUAGAUUGUUAAAAUAGUAUUGAUCUCAGUGUACUCAUUUUCAACAGCUCUUUUCAAUAGUUGAUUUUUCGUAGUCUUCUUUUAGCCUGAUUAAAACUGACUUAUUAUGGAGUACUGCUAAUUGACGUAUGUCAAACUCUAUGACUGUGGGAGUGGGGUGGGGCAGACUUCCCAACCUUUAGAACCCCAGUUGGGAAAUUCCCACAACGCAAGCGUGUGACUUUUCCAUGGACGUUCUCCCGGCCACUCUCAUGCACAUCCUGCCUUCUCUUGCCCACUUUUUACCGUAACUAAAACUCAUGAAGCCACAGAAGCCCCUCCAUAAUCCUUACCCUCUAUGCCAAACUGUUGAGAACACCCUGGGCCUCAGAUGCCGGGAGAGGAAACCUCAGGCCGGAUACAAGCGUUUCAACCACGGGAUGGUGUUGAGAACUGUGUUCUGAAUUGGACAAAGCAAGGUGCUAAAUCUGCUCUAUAUGCCUGCAAUUGCUUUCCUGGAUUUAGCUUUAUUUUUAGCACGUUCUUACUGUCUAUUUCUUUGAUACUCAGGAAGACCUGUCCAAGAGUGUUUUUGUCACUGUGAUUUCUUAGGAAGGAUGAGGGAUUCAGGAGAUUGAGGAGGGACUGUGUUCUCAAGGCCUCAGUGGCAGCCUUUGGACGCUGGUGGCAUAUCUGCCAGGCCACCACUUGAAUGCAGUGUCAGCCCUAUAGGCCUCUGCUCUGUUAGAGAACCACACAUGAGGACAAGUACUUGCAGGUAACACAGUGCUGCAUGAUAGAAAAAGUAAAGGCUCGCUUUCCUUUAUCUUUUGAGAGCUUCGGUUUUGAUGUCAGAAAAAUCCUGGCUUUACCGUGUACUAGUUGGGGAAGUUUCUUAACACAUUUGAGCCUCAUUUUCCCCGUUUGUAAAGUGAGCAUCUUAACGCACAUAUUCAUAGCAUUGUUGCGGGGAUCAAAUGAGUUCACGCGUGAUGCAGCUGGCACAGCGUAUGGCACACGGUGGUUGUGCAGUUGUGUUCCUUCCCUUUUUUCUACUAGGGGAUGUGCCCGGUUGAACACACCCGGGUCUCUUUUGCAUACCGUGGCUCACCUGCAGUGAUUUUCCAGGAUGCUAGCUCCCCUUCCGCCCUCAUCUCUACUGCCCGUCUCGUCUCUUUCCCUUUUCGUUGCUGGUUUGAGAUGACUCCCUUCUUGGGGCACAUGAUGUUGGGAACUGCUAAUGAGACAGUGUAUUUCCCAGAUCAAGGGCCAGGGUCUGAAUGAGCGCUUUACUGGGAAGAGAGGAAAGAGCGGAGCCGUCCUGUGGCUCUUCACCUGCGGUUCGGCGCUGCUGGGACCCGGCACUUGGAGGCUGGAUGAACGUGGACUGCGGUGUGUGGAGGGAAAACUGUGAGCGUUCCUCUGCAGGUCGCUGCACUGAGAAGUACCGAUGAGAUUGUUGAUGAUCGUAUGGAGAUUCCUUUCCAUUCUGAGAAGCCAAGGUAUUUUCGCCCGGUGGAGGAAUGACGUAGUUCCAUCCUAAUCUUGUCUUAUACUUGCAGGCCCCCUCUUGUCUGCCGCACAUCUGGAAGGCUAUGAUGGGAAUGAAUGUGAAAACUUGGAGGUUUCACCUAACUCGUUGCUUCUGCUCGGAAGAUCACCCUUUAGAAGUGGGAAAGCUGCUGCACGUGGUGGUCGACUCCAAGGGACAAGACGACAUGUAGAAAGCGAUGGAUGAAAGCACCUCAGGGAGCCGCCGACGCAUGCUCCCGGUGGCCUAGUCCAGGGAAGCCCUUCCGCGGGGCUCUGGCAUCUGGAAUGCCGCCAGUUCUGGACGCAGGGCUGAUUCCUGAAUGAGGAUGGUCCGGCGGGGGCUGCUUGCGUGGGUCUCUCGGGUGGGGGUUUUGCUCGUGCUCCUCUGCUGUGCCAUCUCUGUCCUCUACAUGUUGGCCUGCACUCCAAAAGGCGACGAGGAGCGGCUGGGGCUGCCCCGGGCCAACGGCCCCACAGGGAAGGAAGGGUACCAGGCUGUCCUGCAGGAGUGGGAGGAGCAGCACCGCAACUACAUCGGCAGCCUCAAGAGGCAGAUCGCGCAGCUCAAGGAGGAGCUGCAGGAGAGGAGCGAGCAGCUCAGGCAUGCGCAGUAUCACGCCAGCGAGGCCGCGGGCCUGGGGCCCGACCCCGGGCUCCCCGAGAAGCCCCAGGCAGAUCUGCUGACCUUCCUGCGCUCGCAGGUGGACAGGGCGGAGGUGCACGCCGGCGUCAAGCUGGCCACCGAGUAUGCCGCGGUGCCCUUCGAUAGCUUCACGCUGCAGAAAGUGUACCAGCUGGAGACGGGCUUGACCCGCCACCCCGAGGAGAAACCCGUGAGGAAGGACAAGCGGGACGAGCUGGUGGAAGCCAUUGAGUCUGCCCUGGAGACCCUGAACAGUCCUGCGGAGAGCGGCCCAAAUCAGCGUCUUUACACGGCCGCGGAUUUCAUAGAAGGGAUCUACCGCACAGAAAGAGAUAAAGGCACUUUAUAUGAGCUCACGUUCAAAGGGGAUCACAAGCAUGAAUUCAGACGACUUGUCUUGUUUCGACCAUUUGGCCCUAUCAUGAAAGUAAAAAAAGAAAAACUCAGCAUGGCCAACACACUUAUCAACAUUAUCGUGCCGCUGGCACAGAGGGUGGACAAGUUCCGGCAGUUCAUGCAGAAUUUCAGGGAGAUGUGCAUCCAACAGGAUGGGAGAGUUCAUCUCACCGUUGUUUACUUUGGGAAAGAAGAAAUGAAUGAAGUCAAAGGAAUACUUGAAAACACUUCCAAAGCCGCCAACUUCAGGAACUUUACCUUCAUCCCGCUGAGUGGAGAAUUUUCUCGGGGAAAGGGCCUUGAUGUUGGAGCCCGCUUCUGGAAGGGAAGCAACGUCCUGCUCUUUUUCUGUGACGUUGACAUCUACUUCACCUCGGAAUUCCUCAAUACGUGCCGGCUGAAUACACAGCCAGGGAAGAAGGUGUUUUACCCGGUCCUCUUCAGUCAGUACAAUCCCGGCCUCGUCUAUGGCCGUCAUGAUGCAGUGCCGCCUUUAGAGCAGCAGCUGGUCAUAAAGAAGGAGACUGGGUUUUGGAGAGACUUUGGAUUUGGGAUGACAUGCCAGUAUCGCUCAGACUUCAUCAACAUAGGUGGCUUUGACUUGGACAUCAAAGGCUGGGGCGGAGAGGACGUGCACCUUUACCGCAAGUAUCUGCACAGCAAUCUGAUCGUGGUGCGCACGCCUGUGCGGGGACUCUUCCACCUCUGGCACGAGAAGCGCUGUGUGGAUGAGCUGAGCCCCGAGCAGUACAAGAUGUGCAUGCAGUCCAAGGCCAUGAACGAGGCGUCGCACGGGCAGCUGGGGAUGCUGGUCUUCAGGCACGAGAUAGAGGCUCACCUCCGCAAACAGAAACAGAAGACAAACAGCAAGAAAACAUGAACUCCCGGGGACAGAUUUGGGGAGAUGCUUAUUUUUUUUUCCUUUUGCAAUUACCAAAUGAGUGACUGCAACAAGGAAAAGAUUUCUAUAAAGGGCACAAACGAGAAUUCACAGGUUAGUCAGAGAGACGAGGGGGAGCCACUCCUCUCUGCCUGUUUAGCUUCCUGCGGCGGGAAAUCAAGAUCUCCCGCCACACCUGCGGAAGUAGCCCAGGUGCCGGGCGGCGUCCGACAGAGGCAGGAGGACUUGAGUGGCCGGCCUGAUGGCCUGGAGGUUUUGAUUGUGUUUCCAGCAAAGUGAGAUAUGUCGUUUUCUGUGCUCAUUGAAAUAGUCAUGAAUUAAGACCAGUUUUGUAAAAAGUUGAUUAGAAUGGAAGGUGAGUACAUUUCUCCCCACACGGUGACUACCGCAGUUGGGCUGUAGCCGGUGGCAGUGCUGGAAUAUCAGAAGGCGGGCGAGGAAACUUUGAAAUCCGAAGAUAUGCCCCUCGCCGUUCUCGUGAGUAUAUUAAGUGAAACCAGUGGACUGAAAAAGGAAAGAAACCGUAACGAUUGUGUCAUUUCCCCCCCAAGAUUAACCAAAAAUAAUCUGCUCAUCUUUUUGGUUGUAGUUUUAACCAUCUCCAUUUGUUUUGUUAGUUUUAUUUAAAAAUGCACUUUUUUUGCUUGUGAGUUAUAUUCUGCUUAUUUAAUUGCCGAUUUGCAAGCCUUACUAAGAGCACAAAUUAGCAUACAUUUUUAUAUUAUUUAAGAAGAUACUUUUAGAUGCAUUAUGAGAACUUUCAGUUCAGAGAGUCAGAUUGAUACCCAUGUGCAAGGACAUGCCAGCGCUCAUCCUGGCAGGCACUGACUGUCCGACCUUCCAGUGUAUGGAAGGCGGGGCGGGGCCGCCGGCGGGUCAAGACCUACGGAGACUUCAUCUGAAGAGUCCUUCUGAAGAGGAGCAACUGAACACUGGAGGGAACAAAAAAAUACACUUUUUACCUUAACAGAAAAGAAAACUCGUUCAGACUGGUGAUAACCGUGAUUUAUUCAAAAGUCAGAAAAACACAUUUCCUCCUCAGGAGAACUGGGGACUACUUUCUUACCUGUUUAAAUAAACCAAAGUACGCUGUGUGAACCAAACAAUCUCUUUUCAAAGCAGGGUGCUCUUCCUGGCUUCCACCUUCUGUGAAAGGACGUGCAGAAAAAUGUCUUUGUGAAAGACCCCUCCAUGCCGGAGCCGAGGAGCGUGGACACGUUGCUGCGUGUUCACUCACCCUGCUCUCGGUCUUGGGGAAAGUCACUUAAUUAUUUUUUAAAUUAAGCACUUCUAUUCAGUCACCAAGAUGCUUCUGAAAAUUGCAUUUGAUUACAGUUUCCAACUAUUUUUUAAAAAUAAAUACAGUUAACAUUGAGUGCUUUCUACAUUCAUGUGAAAAUUGUGUAUUUAUUAGCCGGCACCAGCUGCAUGAGCUAAUUCUCUCUCUCAUACCUGUCUUCUGUUUGCCACAGUCAACUCAUUGUUUAGAGGCCUCGAGAACAUUCAAGCUGUUGGUGUGUGAAAAAAAAAAAAAAAGGCACUGUAUUGGUUUGUACUGUUGGUUCAUAAAAUUUAAUUAAAACACAGGACGUGAAUGGAAGGUGGCAUUGGACAGCUAAUAAAAUAUGAUUUGUGGAUAUGAUUUCUUCCUGGA